AUGGUCGCGCCGAAGAGUCGGAAACCAUGGCAGUUGCUGGUAUCGGGGCUUGCUGGGUGCAUGGAGUGCAUGCACAUGCUGUGGGUUUUCGUGCCAAGUCGAGUUCAUGAAAAACAGCCAGUGCAAACAAGAUUGGCAGCAGAUGGCAGGACUCGUGGGCGCAAGACAUUUGAGUUGCCCCCGCUGACAAGUCCUGCAAAUCCUGCAGAACAUGUUUUCAUCCCCCUGGAAAAUUAUAGCGAGAAGAUAGAAGAACUUUUCCAGGAGGAGGAGUUUCUGUUCAUCCGCGGGGGUGUGGGAGUCGGGAAAAGUACUUUGGGGGCCCACUUGGGACGAGAAUCUCCGAAAAGAUUUGUCAGUGUUUCUUUUGGCGAUGGCGAGUACGAUUCUUGGUGCAAGAACAUCGUUGCAGGCAUUGUGCAUGCAACCGGGCUAACGGUACCGAAGAGUGACACACAACUUGAGGACGCAUUGCGACUGGCAAAAGAGCACAAUCUGAUACUGGUAUUGGACGAAGCGCACACAAUCUUCAACGUGGGACGCAUUGUAACAUUGCUCUUCAAGAGCAGGGACCACCCCAAAGUGGUGUUUCUUUCAGCAUCAGGCGAAGUUACUGGGAGCACUCCUACUACACCCGUCGAGAUCACGCAAAAAUAUUUUUGGACUCCUCCCAUCCCUGACGUUGAUGAUGACUUUGUUGCACAAUUGGCAGAGGCGGGGGUGCGCUUGGACCAGGACAGCACUGACUUCUUCAUGAAUCUCUGCGGAGGUCACAGAUCCAUCUUCAUGGCCGCGAUGAAGUGGGCCAAAGAAAUGCAGAAAGGAGCAAAUUGGACGUAUCAUGACACCGUGACCAAUGUUCGCGCCAGCAUACAUGCAAGCAGCAACAGCUGGUCGACACCUGGCUCAAUUUUGAAGGGACUUGCUGCAUCUCGAGGCGUGAAAGUCAACGGGCUGUUUAGCAACCUUGACAUGACACCAAUGGAAUUUGUCACGAUUCUUUGCCAGGGUCCAGGCCGGCUGCCUCAGAAGUUGUGCCGUGACUUGACAGUCUGUGGUUUUGUACAGCCAGUGCCUAUCGAGGCAGGUUCUGGCGAGUUCCGGCGAAUCGAUUGGACGAGCGACGAUGUCGUGUAUAUGGUCGCAAACCCAAUUCUGGCGACCUACUAUAGGAAUCGAUUGGAGAGCUCUCGCGGCUUGACAGUGACAGUGCAUCCUUUUAUCCCUGCGAACUGCAUGGACUUGCUACUGCGCGCAGUUCCUUAUCUUACCUUUGUCCAGGUUGUGGGGUACUCGCCACAGGCAGCAUCAAGUUCCGCGCUGUCCACGGACGAAUUGCCCUUUGAAGACCAAUACAAUGCUGCCAUCAUCGAAAGCUUAACAAAGCUCGGAUACAAAACUGAUUCUUCCCACAGCCCAACAGUUGGCAAGGUGGACAUUUUUGCGGACAUUGAGGACAGGAGCUUCAGUGUGGAAUGCAUUAUGGCAAAGCGUAGGAUUGAUGACCACCACGAGCACCGGAGCCGCUUUGACAAUCCUUCUACGCCGGCGUACAGCAAGGCUGACAACAAAGCACUAGUCACGAUUGGACGCUCCAAAGAUCUGGUGCGACACCGCGUUUCGCAAACGAAAGCAGAUGGGGUCGAGAUCAUCGGCUUGGUGCCCAAUGCCGCGCACACUGGCUACAGCAUCUUGUACCGAGGUGCCCAAGCUACACAGGGUGCAGAUUUGGUGGAGUACAAUGUCGAGUGCGACCUUGUGGCACGUGCUUUGGACACCAAUGGAAGGCUCCAUUGCAUCCAGAAGGUUUCGCACAUCGCGCAACCUCAAGGACAGCCGACGGCGCCACCCACGUUCACCGUUUGGGUAAGGCAGCUCCGAGAGGACGACAGCGGCACCGUCAGCGAGGACCCCGAGGAAGCUGCGUUUGUGAUCGACAGUCAGGAACAUAAGCUUGACAACGUGGCCUACCUCAAGAAGGCCAUCAAGAAGGAGGCCGAGCUCAAGGGGCCUGCAAAUCGACUUCUCAUUUACGCGCGGGAGGGCGGCGGCUGGAAGCCUCUGAUCGACAUGGAGGAUGCACACCUCACGCGCGGCAGCAGGAAGGCGGACUGCUACGGCUACCUGCCGCCGGGCGCGC